GUAGAAAUGAGUACCACACAGAAUGAAAAAUGCAAGGGCAAACACUUUACAUGGUCUAAGCCUGUGUCUCACAUGCUACUUGAGAUAUUAGCUGAGGAGGCACUUAAAGGAAACAAACCUUCUUCCACCUUUAGAGCAGAAUCUUUUGUUAAGGUGGCUACCGAAAUUAGUCAAAAGUUCAACGUUCAAUGCGAGCCUAAACAUGUUGACAAUCAUCUCAAAACUGUGAAAAAAGAAUGGGGAAUAAUAACCAAGCUUAAAAAUAAAAGUGGUUUUGGUUGGGAUGAUUGUUUGAAGAUGAUUACAGUUUCGAAAGAUGUUUAUGAUGAAGAAGUGAAGGCACAUCCCAAUCAUGACAAGUAUCUCAACAAAAAACUUGACAUGUACGAGGCAAUGACAAUUGUUGUUGGAAAAGAUAUGGCAACCGGAAAUUAUGCCAAAUCAUAUGCUGAUGUCAACUUGGAAGAGAACACCGAAGAGCAAUCAAUUUCAAUUGAAAAUGAAGGGGAAUAUGAAGAAACUUCUAAGGGAAAAGAGACAUCUUCCUCUAGUAUGCAAAAGAGGCAACAUAGGAAGAGAAAUCGCAUGUAUGAAGAUGAUGGUGUUGAAAAGUUGUCUAAACAGAUUGGAGAUGUAGCAGUUGCAAUUCAAAGCCUCAGCAAAAAUCAACUGAUGUUAAUGCGUUGUAUGCGGAAGUCAUGAAAAUUGAAGGCUUUGAUGAGAUCACUCUUGGGGAGGCAUUUGAUCAUUUGGUCCAAAAUGAAAUGUUGGCAAAAGCAUUUAUGGCAAAAAAUGCUAAUUUGAGGAAAAUUUGGGUUCAGAAUUUUGUGAACCAACACUACUACAGGCCUGCUUGCUAAGAUGGUUUGACUAUGUUUAAAAUUUGGGUUCAAACUAUGUUUGUUAUUUGACAAGUAUGUUUACUUGUUUAAUUC